CUAGAAGCGCGCCAGUGCCUUGUGGCUGACAGCAGUUAGUGAGCCACACGGUUAGUGAAUGCAUUUAGGACAAUCCCUUUCUCAUUUAUUGAAUUUAUACGAUGUCUUCGCUUCUUAAGGUGGACAAUGAGAUCAAAACAAAGGUUGAUGCUUUCAGGGAACGAAUAACGGCAGAGGCUGAAGACCUUGUGGCAAACUUUUUCCCUAAAAAGUUGUUAGAGCUGGAUCAGUUUUUGAAGGAUCCCACAAUUAAUAUCCGUGAGCUGAAAGAAAUUCAUUCAGAUAUCAACUUAACGGUGCCAGACCCAAUUCUUCUUACAGACAUCCAUGACGGGCUUGAGGGGCAAAAUACCAAAAAGAGGAAACUUGAAGAUGGUGCAGGAGAAGACAAAGUUGGCGGGACCAAGGUCUUUGUCAUGCCUGGUGGAAUGAUGAAAAGCAAUGGCAAGCUGGUAGACCUAAUUGAAAAAGUGAAGCCUGAAAUCAGAACUCUCAUAGAAAAGUGCAACACAGUCAAGAUGUGGGUUCAGUUGUUAAUCCCAAGAAUAGAAGAUGGCAACAAUUUUGGUGUCUCAAUUCAGGAGGAGACCGUUGCUGAACUCAGAACAGUGGAAGGUGAAGCAGCAUCUUACUUGGACCAGAUAUCCAGAUACUACAUCACGAGGGCAAAGCUGGUUUCCAAAAUAGCAAAAUACCCUCAUGUUGAGGAUUAUCGUCGCACAGUGACAGAAAUUGAUGAAAAAGAAUACAUCAGUCUCAAGAUUAUAGUGUCAGAACUCAGAAAUCAAUAUGUAACAUUACAUGACAUGAUCCUGAAGAACAUUGAGAAGAUAAAGAGGCCGAGGAGCAGCAAUACAGAUGCUCUGUACUGAGACAAACUUCUCCUUUCAUUCUUGGCCCCUUAUUCCACCCUCUGGAGCCUUCAGCUGGUUCUAAAGCAGUCCUGUCAUCCAUUAAAACCAGGCCAAGAGAGUCCUGCUCAAACAGGCCUGAUAGAAUAUGCCACUGAAGCUAGUACUGGAAAAAUAUGGUCACUUAUUUUAAACCCUUUAAAAUUAAGCCCUUUUUGAUGAUUUAUUUUUUUUUUCUUAGCAGACAGUUUUAAUGUAUUAAGGCAGAGCCUGAACUUGCAUCCCAAGGAAACUGUCUCAAAUGUAUUUUUCUUAAUUUAAAGAAAAAUUUCAAAAGUGGGUAUCAUUUAUUUUCUUUGCAAAGCCAAAUUCCAUGUCAUUCUGUUUUUGAAGAAAUCCUGUACUUUUUUUUUUCUGAGCCUCUAUGGUAAAGUGAUGUCAGUUUCUCCAAUCGAGAAGCUUUUAUUGAUGCUGUAUUUCACUCAAGCAGUUUACAUUGUUCAUCUGAAAUGUGCGUGUAGGCUAAAGUGGAAGGAAGGCAGUUUAUGUGCAAGAUUUUAUUUGGAAUGUGAGCUGACAGUUGUUACGUGUUGGAAUACAUAUGGUAUUUUCCUUAAUUACAGAUUCAUUAAAUUCUGAGAGCUUUUUCUGGUUCUUUUUGUCCAGUUUUAAGAGCGAUACAUUUUGCGGAAUAAACUAUUGUUUUUACAAUACAUUUAAGGCACUUCUUUAACUGAUGUCCUUGCUUUUUAUUUUCCAAUGCUUUGAAAAUAUACCCAUUCAAAUAUUGCCCAUGUAUACAAGGUGAAAUUUGACCCAACAGAAAAAUACUUAAAUUAGAAGUGGACUGUUUCAACAUGUCAUUUUAUUAUAGCAUACUGCAAACUGGUUUACCUCAAUAGAGUGCUGAAUUGGCUAGAAGUACACUCAAAUGCAGAGUCAAGAGGAAAAUGCCUCUCAACAUACUAAAUAACAACCAGUAGAUGGCUCUUUAAGACGUUUCCAUUUUCUCUACUGUGCAUGAGAACUUAAUACAAUAAUUUGAGCUGGCUGAAAUACAGCACAUAGUGUACAAUGUGGCUAUAAUCAAGGUGAUUAUAUAAAAAAGAAUUCAGUAAGUGAAAAGAUGGUAUUAAGCUAAAGGGUUAUUGAACAAAUUUGUUAAACAGAAGCAAGCCUCCCCAAAAUACUCUUUAUUUUGCAGCUAAUUCUGCACAAUUUUUUGUGGAUCAAUGAUCGUCUACCUUUUUCACCCCUCAUGAGUUUGUAUCCCUGUAAUUUGUUGUAGCAUUGCCAGAACAAAUCUACAAAUUAGAAAAGAAGCAAAUUAGUUGUUUUUUCAUUACCCAUUUAGUGCUCUUGCCACCUGUGACCUCACACAGCCUACCUAUGUGACCUUUUAUUUUAGUCGUAAAAAGUGUAGCGUGGCAGAAAAAAGGUUGGGAAACACUGAUCUACAUCUAUA